AUGGGGACCCGGUGGUGGCUGGCCAGCCUCGUGUUCGAAAGGGAUUCGAGAAAGGACGCCGACAGGACAGCCAAUCUGGACUUCGACGCCCGCGUCCCCAUCCCCUUCAGUGUCUUCCCGUCGUCGUACCGGAGUGACGCUGUUCCUGAAGCUACUCUCGCGGCCGCAGCCAGAGUAGAGGAAGAAGUCAAUCUCGAUCGCACUUCGCACGUCGAACGGGAAGAUACUCGAACCUCUGCUCCUCUUCCCGACCCGCGUGUCUACGGAAAGGAAGAAGUCGACCUUCACUUCGUUGAGCAGGAUCAGUUUGCUGCUUCGUCCGAGCCUCCUCGUCACAGUCACGGCCACGGCCAUCAUCACGAGCACUCGCGCCCUCACGACGUCAGUGUUCACUUUGACGAGCGUGUUACCACCACUACUAGCACUGCUCCCCCGCCCCGGUAUCCCGAGGUUGAUCUAACUCGUGAACGCUAUCGUGAACCGUCGGUCCGUUUCCAAGACCGUCAGCCCACGUACGAUCAAGCUCUUCAGACUCAGCUCGAUAUCACUGAGCGUGAGUACCGUCGUCGGGUCAACAACCCUACCUACGACGUCAACCCCGCCUACAACCGGUCUACCCAGGCUCCUGUCGUAGACUCCUACGCCCCAGGCCCCCGCCAGCAGACCAGGGACGUAUCGUACGACCGCACUGUCCAAUCAGAGAUCGACGUCUCUUACGACCGUGCGUAUCAGUCCAAGCCCGUCGACACCUACCAACGGGACCCCUACAGCCGCCGUCAACAGAGCGUUGAGCCGGUUGCCCAAGCGCCUGCUUCGUCAGCCAACGUUAAGGUCUUCAAGCCCAAGACUGUUGUGGAUUCGCCUCCUUCUCGCAAGAUGGGCUACUACGACGACGACGGUAACUAUCACUCCUUCCGUCGUGGUGUGGAGCGCGUUGCCGACCGCAUCAUGCACCCCACCCACCACCACCACAACCAUGGUCACAAAGACCACGAGGAACUAGUCGUCGCUGACGAACGCGGCCCAGUUCGAUUCCGUGAAGGCGUCCGUGAGGAUGUUCGCAUCGUUGAGCCCCGUGCCGGCAACUCUUCCAGCACCGCCGAGACCGUGCCGAUUCCCGUUCACUUCAUCCGCAUUGGCGACAUCCUGAUCCUUCAGGGCCGUCCCUGCCAGGUGAUCCGCAUCUCCGUCUCUCCUCAGACCGGCCAGCACCGCUACCUGGGUGUCGAUCUCUUCACCCGUGAGCUCCAAGAGGAGUCCAGCUUCGUCUCCAACCCCUCUCCUUCGGUGGUUGUCCAGACCAUGCUUGGCCCCGUCUACAAGACCUACCGCAUCCUGGACCUCCGCGAUGACGGUCGCCUGGUUGCCAUGACCGAGACCGGUGAUGUCAAGCAGGGCCUGCCCGUUGUUCCCCAGGGUCACCUCUUCCGUCGCAUCCGUGAGGCGUUCGAGGACGGCCGUGGCAGCGUGCGUGCCCUGGUCAUCAACGACGGUGGCCGUGAGUUGGUUGUCGACUACAAGGUGGUCCACGCUUCCCGCUUGUAAGCCGUCCAACUUUCCCGGGUGGGGCAUGGCGCGUCGGACCGGAACCGUGGUCACUCCCGCAAAACAACUACCACGGGUCCGUCCGCGGGUCGUUACUUUUGUUUUUCUCGCAGCGCACGAUCAUUGAUGACCUGAGAAGUUAAAUCUUGUAUCUGAUGGAUUACGU